GGUUUACGGACUUUUUGCUUCGUCUGAACCUUUAGAGACGUCACGAUGUUCAGCUUGAGAAAUUGGAAUAUUUGAUGAAGGUGUCUUAUCCUAAAAUAUCGUGCUCGAUAAAUUACAUUCUCAAAUAAGUUUGUGAAUUUUUUCUACAACAAACCAAGGGGGAUAUGAUUUUGGUUUUUCACUGUUCAAGUAUUGGCCCGUGUCAUGUCAAACAAUCCGUAAAAAGAUUAACAUACCAUUUGUAAUAUCAAUGAUUAACAAGGUUUUAUUAACCCCGACAAUUUGCGCUCAGCAAUACGGGAAAUUAUACGUACAAGCUGUAUAAUCAUAUUGAAUAAUGAGAAUUAACGCUACAAAAAUGAGUACUCCGAUCGAGGAGAAGAUUGAUCAGAAGUUGAAGGUGAGGAGUGGAAUGGUAAGUGUUAGUGAUGGAAAGAGUAAACCUGUGCCAAUGCGUUUACAUCUAUCUAUGGAAGUUCUGAAGCUUCAAAGGGAAGAUUUAGAGCAGGCAGCAAAUCAUAAUAAACCACCUUUGGAUGCUAAGGAAAGAAUGGUUCAAAUUUUCAGACAAAAAGUUGGAGGAUUAGGAUUAAGUAUAAAAGGAGGAGCGGAACAUAAACUUCCUGUUCUCAUAUCUAGAAUAUACAAAGGUCAAGCAGCUGAUCAGUGUGGGCAAUUGUUUGUAGGAGAUGCAAUUAUUAAAGUGAAUGGAGAAUAUAUUACUGCAUGUAAUCAUGAUGAUGCAGUGAACAUUUUGAGAAAUGCUGGUGAUAUAGUUGUUUUAACAGUGAAACACUAUAGAGCAGCAAAGCCAUUUCUCCAAAAAAAUGAAAAAGAAGAAAAAUUAGAUAAUGUAGCAAAUGGUGGUUCAGAAGAUGAAUGGUUAUCAUCUAACAGACAAGCUGGUAGUCCUAGAUGUGGUCAUAGUAGACAGAAUUCUAAUGCAUCUGUCUCUUCAAUGCAGUGUAAAAAAUGGGUGGAUGUUAUAACAGUUCCAUUAAUGAUGGCUUAUGUGACAAGGUAUAUCUUUGGAACAGAUAAAUUAAGAAGAAACGCGUUUGAAGUACGAGGAUUAAAUGGUGCACGCACGGGUGUAAUACACUGUGAUGAUAGUGCCAUUUUAAGUCAAUGGUUGAAGUACAUAACCGAUAAUAUUACUGGCUUAACCCACCUACAGAUGAAAUUAUAUAAUCGCAACUUCGGAGUUGGAGAACGUAUCGAAUACAUGGGCUGGGUGAAUGAAGCAGUAAGCAAUAGUAAUCAACCAUGGCAAAGUUAUAGACCAAGAUUUUUAGCUUUGAAAGGACCUGAUUUAUUAUUAUUUGAAACACCUCCUUGCAAUAUAGGAGAUUGGUCACGAUGUGCGUUAACUUUUAAAGUAUAUCAAACGAUGUUUCGCGUAAUGCGAGAAUCUGAAAAUGUAGACGAAAGACAACAUUGCUUCUUAGCACAAAGUCCUGGUAAACCUCCGCGAUAUCUGAGCGUUGAAACUAGACAAGAACUUUUAAGAGUGGAAGCAGCAUGGCAUACUGCAGUAUGUUCAGCUGUUACACAUUUAAAAAGUAAAACAUUUCCGGUCACUUUUAACGGAAGAAGCGCAGGAUUGACGUUAGAAUGGACUCAAGGUUUUACACUUUCUUACGAAGAUAUUGGAGAAACUAUAUGGCGUUAUAAAUUUUCUCAAUUGAGAGGGUCUAGCGACGAUGGAAAGAGCAGAUUAAAAUUGCACUUUCAAGAAUCUGAUAGUAUUGCUAUAGAAACAAAGGAAUUGGAAUGUUCUCAAUUGCAAAAUUUAUUAUUCUGUAUGCACGCAUUUUUAACCGCAAAAGUUGCUGCCGUUGAUCCAACAUUUUUAACAUCAACAACACCGUAAUCUCAAACUUUAUUUCUAUGGAACUUAGCAAUAUUAGUUACUAAAAAUUAUUUUAUUUGUAUAUACCAUUGUGUACCUUGUUAUUAAUUAAGCACUGCUAUUUAUUUUUUUUUAUAUUUUAAUGAACUGAAAUUUUUGACAAAAUUUACAAAUUUACUGCGAUAUUUUUUAUCAAACAUGUAAUAUAAAUAUUAUUUUAGUUUUGAAAGCAUAUUGUUUUGUAAUAAAAGAAAGCAUAUGUUUAUUUAGUGUAAAGAACGUUUAGUAAGAAAUUUAAAAACGUUUCAAUGCGCUCGUUCAUGAUUUUUAAGUUCCAACGAUAAGACGGUCUUCUUUGAACAGUGUCACACAUUAACGUGUUAAGUUAUCUUUCACGUAUAUCUGGUGCCUUAAAAACCAUGAACAAGGUGUAAUUAAUAAGUUAAAAAAAAAGAAGCAUCGAAAUUGUAUAGUUCUUUAGACCAGCAAAUUCUAUGCAUUUAAUAUCAAUAAAUAUAUAUUUAACUAGAAAAUUUCAUCUUAUGUUAAAAACAGAGAUAUGUGAUUAUGAGAUUAUUAGCAUGAUAUCAAUUUAAAAACAGUAUUAAUUUAAUAAAACAAAAUCAUGGUGUAAUAAUGUAAUAGCAAUAAGUAGUUGCAGUAGACCAUGGUGGCUGUCCAAUAAAAAAUUUCUUUACUAAUAUAUGAGGGAUAGAUUACAGGGGCACGUAUGAAUUAUCUGAAGCUUGUUAUUGAACGAGUUUAAUAAAACAUUGAAUUGUUAAUUCGUUUCAAUAAAAUUUAGCAGUGCAUUUUCAACGAGAUUUUUUUUUUUCUCAUUAUAUUCUAAUAUUAUUGAAAGUUUCAGUGUUACUAAGUCGAGUAAGUUCUGUGACAUCACACCCUGUGUAAUUAAUCUAUCGAUUUGCAAUUCUAUUUAGAGCAAUAAGUGUAAGAACAAGAAAAAUGCUGUCUAGAUUACAAAUUGCACUUUGUAUUAAUCAUGAUACACAAUUCUUAUUAUUAAGAUAUAACAAGAAUUUUAUCACACCAUUUCAGAAAGUAACACAAUAGUAUGUGCUUAAAAUUACAUACUUCAACAUAUUCUGUUCAGCAAUUUUGAACGAAAUUUAAUUUUCGUUAUAAAUUUUAAGGGUUUCCAGUUACUUGUAGAAAGUGCCUAUACAAAUACAUUAUAUAUAAUACAAUAGGAACUAUAAACAAAAUUUGUUUUAUACAUAAUGUAAUUAAUUUUACCUAAUUUACUCUUGAAACUUGAACUAUCAUGUUACCAUGGUCGAAAUUUUGUGUAGCAUAAUAGUUUAUUAUUUUAAGGCACUUUAGCGAAAGAAUCACCUUAUGUUUCAGUAUUUUAUAGCAUUCUGCGUGUUUAAUUUUUCAUUUAGAAAAUGACCACUUACAUAUAAUAUUGAACGAUAAUACAAUUAGAAAUUAAGUAAAACUUAUUACUGAAUUUAAUUACAGAAGCAUUGCGGUGAAUUUUUAUCUAGUUCAAUGUAAUUAGCAAGAGCCAAAAUAGUCAGAAAUACAAAUGCAGGAAAGUACAGUUGAUAGGCAACUACUUGUUAGACUUGUAAUUAAUAAAAAUGUAAUAUUUAAAGACGUAAAAAUACAAGUGAAUGCAUCCAGAAAGAAAUUGUAACUAUAUAUUAUAGUUAUUAAAUGCAAAACAUGUUACAGUCUUCUAUAAUGGCAUUGCUGUUUUUUAUUGUAUAUGUACAUCGCAUGCAUUCUAUAGUUAAAUUUAGAUUAUAAUGAAAUCUGCACAAUUACAUUAUAUAGGUAAAUAAGAGAACAGGAUACCAAACUGCAACAGUUAAACAUGAUAUUAGACAAAUUUAUUUCGCAUUAAUUAUUAUUUCGAAGAUCUGAAAAUGCAAUCGUUCAAGAAAUCUACUAGAAAUCUUAUAAUUUAUAAAAAUUAGAAUCAAAUAUAUACUUUAAAACAAAUACAUACAUUAUUAAAUGUGCAUGAUAAAACAAAAUUGAGAUCAUAGACAAAAUUCAUAUUGUCAUAAAUUUUUUAACGAUUCAUUAUCAUUAAGUAUUUUGUUAAAAUUUUAUAAAAUUGUAUAACAUUUUAACUAAUUCUGCAAUGUAUUGAAAUUUGCGUACAUAUGUUAUUUUGUGUAAUAUGCAAAUUUUAAUGUAAAUAGGAAAGCAUGGCUAUACAUUUUCUAAAUAUGUAUUAAGAUUUAAGUUUAAAACAAACUGUUAUUCUGAAAUCCCAUUUCUCCUUAAUUUUCAUUAAAUGCCAGAGAAAAUUUGUUUCCCUAAUGAUGUUAGAUUGAUGUGGGAUUACAGAAUUAAUGACUGCUAAAAAUAAGAAAUGCAAAAAACAUUCUUAUCUUAUAUUU